CAUAUCGAGAAUUUAUACAGCAAACAGAUGAAUAACCUCGGCCCAUAUACGGCAUGUGCGAUGCGCUUAGUCUGUAACUAAGUUCAAUAGACCUUUGAGCACUUAAAACUUUUUUAAGGCAAGUUGAACUCCAGGUGCAAUGGCGACAGCUACAAAGGUUGAAUUUGCUGUACAGAUGACAUGUCAGAAAUGUGUUGAUAGCAUCCAGAAAACAUUUGAAGGAGUUGAUGGAGUGUCCUCCUUGGACAUCAACUUGGCCCAGGAGCGGGUGAUCAUUGAGAGCAUCCUGCCAUCCUCGCAGCUGCUGGAGCUCCUUGAGAGUACGGGCAGAAGGGCUGUCGUCAAGGGACAAGGGUUGGCUUCUGGAAAGCAUCUUGGUGCAGCCGUGUCUGUCCUAGACACCCCCCACAAUGGCCCAGUGAUGGGAGUUAUACGAAUGGUCCAAUUGGCCGACAAUCAGUGUGUCAUCGAGGGGACAGUUGAUGGUCUCACACCUGGGGCGCACGGACUGAAUAUCCAUGAAUUUGGUGACAUCUCGGAUGGUUGCAACAGUUGUGGCAUGCACUUUAAUCCCACCAACUCAAGACACGGAGGACCAGAGGAUAAUGAAAGGCACAACGGAGACUUGGGGAAUGUGAUUGCUGAUGAUGAUGGGCGUGCUAGAUUCCGUAUGAAGAAUGACAGAAUUAAGGUGUGGGAUGUGAUUGGACGCUGCAUGGUCAUCCACAGCGGUAAAGACGAUCUGGGCGGAGGUGGAAACCCCAACUCCAAAACUGACGGCAACAGCGGCCCGGGACUUGCCUGUGGGAUCAUCGCAAGAUCGGCCGGACUGUUUGAAAACACCAAGAAACUAUGCCAGUGUGACGGAGUGUCCGUGUGGGACGAAAGAGAUGUUCCAUUGGCUGGCCCGAGUCGACAACAGCACGGCCAGAAGCAGAGCCAGUUGUAGCGCUGUGCAGUGAUUGGUGUGCGCACAAAUCCCACAUAAAUAAAUAUUCAUAUCCCAGCAAAUAUUCAACAGUGAGAACAUUCAAGAGCAAUUCGAUAUUUGAACAGAUUGGCUGAAAUUACAAAGUAUUCUUCCAAGGAGUAUGGAUGCAGUAGGAACCAAUGAACAAUCAUGCGAGUCACACGUUGGGGAAAUCACUCAAAGUUGUUAGUAAAAUGUAUCUUUUCACUGACAUCCACCACUAAUGGCAUUUACCUUCAUAAUCUCACAGCUUAAUGUAUGAAACAACACAUGUACACAACUUGAUUUACGCAAGUUAUAUAAUAAAACGUAUGUGUGAAACAUUUUUCUGUUCAGUUUAACUUUGCUUAAUAUACAGCAGCAGAAAAAAACACCAGAAAUCAAGUCGGUGCUUAGAGUAUGGCCAUUUCACAGACCUCAGAUUGAGUGUGGGCUAGGUCUGGACCCUUCCAAACUGCACGCACUAUGAAAACCUAAACCUUUGACAGGAGAGAAGGAACCCUGCUAGUAGUGUAAAAGUUCAGACCUAACAAAUAAAUUCCAUUUGAUCUAGACCUUGGCAGAAACCAAUUCUAGGGAAAAAUGACUGAAGGACUGAACCAGCUGAUUGAAAAUUCUGUUUGACAUCACUGUGUUCACACUUCAGACAAUUAAAGAAACCAGGAAAUAGAAAUAUUUUUAUAAAUUUUACUAAAAACCCUUGAAAUUGCAUCUUUGGGUUUCAAUCAACC